CACAUCUGCAACAAUUCUGUUAGAGUAACUCAAGCAGAACUAUGAGUAGACACAGAAAGCAAGGAAGUGGUAUGUUAUUUCCUUUUUCAAGAAAAUGAGAAGAUGUAUUUUCAGAGAACAACUCCUCCCCUCCAGCUGAAUUCACACUGCGACUUCACUGUAUGAGCUGCUCACGGAAGUUAGGUCUCCUUGAUUAAGCAGUCUGUAGAAGAAGAAUAGCCUGUGAAAAUGUGGGACGUUAGGAAACUGGUUGUUGCUGCAAUCAUUUUCACAGCUGUGUACGACAAAAUGCAGGCGGCUGCAAAGGACGUUACACUACUGCAGACGCCCCCAGAUCUUAUACAUGGACUGUAUAUUGGAUGCUCUAAGGAGGCCAUGGAGAAGAUCAUCCUCUCAGGUCUGUUAGAACAAGAGCUAAACCAAAGUGUGGAAUUCCAAAAAAACUGGAGUGAAAAGCCCAAAUGUUCAAAGCUGAUCCCCGGAGGAAAAAAGGAGCACGCUGCUGCACUUUCAACCUAUGACAUGGGUCUAGACUUCAUAAAAACCUUCAACAAUGAAGUGCAGAGGAUGGCUGGAAACUUCAGCAACUAUGAAGAAAAUUUCCAUUUUAAGUCUCUUCAUUUCCUGCUUCUGGAUUCCAUGAGGCUGCUGAAGCCAAAAAAGUGCAAGAGUGUGUACAUUCUCCAAGACGAAAACAGACUGCGGGAGGGAACAACCGUGAGAUUUGAACAUUUCACCACUGCUUCGUCAAACUUUCAUCCAAUGGAUACAGAUAUGGCUGACAUGGUCUUGUUGAAUAUCACUUCUUGCUUCUUUGUUGACCUCAAUGACCAGCUUUGUUUUAACAAAAUGGAGAACAAUAUUCUCUUAUCGCCAGCUGAAGUUUUCACCGUGGAGAGAAUUAAAGAUACACAAUAUAAUGAUGAUGAAUACACAGAGGUUACUUUAAAAAAUUCAAAGCUGGGCAUCUCACACAGCUGUCACAUUUUGUCACGGUCUCCAACUGUUGUCUCCACCCUGUGGGUCGUGUCUGGGCUCGUGGUCUUAUCUCUUUUUCUAUAAAUGACGAUUAAAAAUACUUGACAUCAGACUCCUCUGGAGGGAUCUGUAAUGUAAAAA